AUGACUGAAAUUCAGAAUCUGCUUGACAAGAUAACCAUGAAUGGGCUGCUGUCCUUAAAUAAGAGAAAUGAAAAUGACAUGAAUACGACCAUCAUUGAUCCUAAUUUCCAUGGACGUAGUCAUCAAGGCAAGAGCUCAGGUCGAGCUCCCUGGGCCCUGCCUGGGAACUCAGCAAAGCAGAGCAAGGAGAACACCUUGGGCCCUCCUAAAAAGGUAGGCCCACCUUGCUUGCCAUUUCAACCUUACACCCACGGCGAGUGUGAGGUGCCAUGGCUGACAAGAUCCUGGGGUGGGGCGCAGAGCACCUAUAAAUGCUCUGCUGGCCCGGAUGACCUCGUAGCGGAUGGACUGAUUCGCCAGGAAGAGGUGGACAGAGUGAGAGAUGAAGAUGCCAGCGUCAUGGGUAGGCUCAUGGGUUCUGCUUUAAUGGGCAAGCAAGUCCUCAGUCAGCCUUUAAGAGCAUCACCUCUUGGUAAUGCACUCACCCGUUUGCUAGUUUGUCAAAGCCAGGUCUACGAUAAGCGAGUAACAAGCACUGAAAACAAUCUGCUCUGUGAAAAAACAUGUACGGGUGAAGAAGUCACUAGAAUACUGGGGAUUACUUCUUCAGGGGACCCAGAUGGCACCAUUAACAAUUCCCACGGGAGGAAAACUUUUUUGCUUUCUUCCCUUCGAGCUCAAGGGUGGAAGACCUCUAGAAAUAGUUUUCUAGACAGUUUUUACAAGUUUAAGUCACCAGUACCCAGACUUCAACAAAUCCCAAAAUGGAAAGGGCAGGAGGCCUUACAAUAUGCAGACCUUAGUGAGGACAUUUCGAUUUGCUUCCGACAUCUUCAGCAUCCCGUGGCUUUUACCAGUGUUAGUGGUCAGGAGCACUUGGUAACCUGGUGCGUGUCUAACCCGUCCCCGACCAGCUUAUCCUAUCAUGGGUCCUUGGAGACGCAAUCCCAGAGGCCUUGCACUGGCCCCAGUCGAGCUGAAAUCAAACCCAGUUUGGUCCUGGACCCAGGCGAGUUCUUAGCUCUGACCCUGUCCCGUCCUCCGGUGAUCAUGAGCAAUUCUCAGUGUGGACCAACGCAGCAGACUUCAGGGAAAUGGGGAGCGCAGACCAGGCCUGGAGACAGGACUAAGCCACAAAACCCCCGUUCAAGGAGACUGCCAAAUACAACUGUAGAAGGGGUUCUAACAUGGAGCUGUGGACUGAACCAAGGGCUAAGGGCCGGCACUCUGCUAGAGCCUCCUGUUACUCUCGAGGGCUCUGUGAACCCUGGGCUGCAAAGCUGGUUAGAUCUAGAGCUCCAACGCAAAAAGGCCAGAGCUCAGACCAACAGGAACUCACCAACAGGCCUUGGAAAUGGCAAAAAAGACAGUGAACUCAAACCUGUUUGCAGGGCGCCAUGUCUGUGUUUCUCUUUGUCCCCAAGUGCUGACAGAGUUCACAACUGGGCUAACUGUGUGGUCAAGAGGCCCAGCUGUCAGCCUGUCUUGGCGUUUGACAUGCCUUCCUCUCCGAGCUUAAUUAUCUCUAGCUUUCGGUUGAAAAACAAGACCCUGAAGGACAAGCGGAAGCUGUUUGUCAGCUCAGUGAACACAGGGACCCUCAACGGCUUGCUGGAUGAACUCUUAGAGAAAAGAGUGCUGAACCAGGAGGAGAUGGAGAGAGUGCGGUACGAAAAUGCUACGGUGAUGGAUAAGGCCCGAGCCCUGAUUGACUCCGUCGUUCGGAAAGGGUCACAGGCGUGCAGCAUUUUUAUUUGUUAUAUUCGUGAAGAGGACUCCUUCCUCGCAGAGAAGAUGGGCCUUUCCUCAGGUAGGGGUCAAUUCCUCACACUGAGGUGCAUGGCGGGCCCGUGUCCUCUCCAGGCCAGCUCUGAGUUAGACACGCAACAUGGCACGCGCCUGUCAGGCAGCAGUGUUCACCCCGGGAGCCACCUUGAAACAGGAGAAUUAAGAGACCUCUUGAUUCUACAUCAGUUUCUGUCUCAAUUCCCCUUCAUCUUAGAAAGCAGAAAUGGAGAGCAACUUGCAGACACUCCUUUGUUCUGCCUCCAGGGGGAACGUUCAGUCAGCCAGGCUAGAGGCUUUGGCUUCUCAGUGACGGCUGCGGUUCUAAGUGCACCAUCUGAGAGUCAACUUAACUCAGACUUUGAAGCAGCAAUUCUUCCUUCAACAGAAGACAAACACGACAAAAACCCAUUUAAGAUUUUGGAAACUGUGGGCAAAGACCUCAUUACUGGUGUUUUGCAUGGCUUGUUGGAAAAAGAUGUUCUGAAAUUGGAGGAAGCAGAAAAGAAAAAAUUUUAUGAUGCCAAACCUGAAGACAAGCCCUGGGUCUUUCUGGACUCUGUGCGACAGAAACGGCAGAAGGCAGGUCAAGCCCUUGUCCAAACUUUCAUUAAUACGGACAAAUAUUCCACCAGUGUAAAAGGUCCCGAGGACAUGUCUGGGCAACCUGAGCCAGAAGAAUCUACAGAUACUCUCAAGCUUUGUCCUCAUGAAGAAUUCAUGAAACUGUAUAAAGAGAAGGCUGCAGAGAUCUACCCAAUAAAGGAGAGAAAGGAUCGUACUCGUCUCGCUCUCAUCAUAUGCAAUAUAGAGUUUGAUCAUCUUCCUCCCAGGGAUGGGGCCGAACUUGACAUUGCAGGGAUGAGGAGUCUACUGGAGGGUCUUGGCUACAGUGUGGACGUGAAAAAGAAACUCACUGCUAAGGAUAUGGAGUCAGCGCUGUGGGCAUUCGCCGCCCGCCCAGAGCACAAGUGCUCAGACAGCACGUUCCUGGUGCUCAUGUCUCACGGAAUCCUGAGUGGAAUCUGUGGGACUACGUUCAGCUCGGAAAACCCGGAUGUGCUACCUUAUGACACCAUCUUCCAGAUCUUCAACAACCGUAACUGCCUCAACCUCAGGGACAAACCCAAGGUCAUCAUCAUCCAGGCCUGCAGAGGUGAAAGUCUUGGGGAAGUGUGGGUCAGUGACUCAGCAGCGGCCUCGGCCAACAGCUUCUCACAUCAACCUCUGCUCCUGGAGAGUGAUGCCGUCCACAAGGUCCACAUUGAGAAGGACUUCGUUGCUUUCUGCUCCUCGACCCCACAUAACGUAUCCUGGAGACACGUCACAAAGGGAUCUCUCUUCAUUGUACAACUCAUCACAUGCUUCCAAAAAUAUUCUUGGCGCUAUCACCUCAUAGAAGUAUUUCAGAAGGUUCAACAAUCAUUUGAAAAACCAAAUGUUAAAGCCCAGAUGCCUACCAUUGAACGAAUGUCCAUGACAAGACCUUUCUAUCUCUUCCCUGGCAACUGAAGAUGGCGGUAGUGGGCAGUCCAGCCCUUCUUGACCAACUUCGAAAAGCACCUUUGCUAGCACAGCACGUUCAUGUGACC